UUUCAGUUCAUUAAUUAUCAGUGCUACUCAGUUAUGUCCAUGUUUAAUUCGAUAGGGUUUGAAGCUGAAGUCAAGUGCUCUGCCAAUAAGUUUUAUAGAUUUUUUAAAAACAACAUAACCCAACUUGCGAAUCACUUUCCCGAAAAUUAUAAGAGCAUUCAAGUUAUUGAAGGACUUGGUCUUAGUGUUGGCAGUGUCAGGCUCUGGAUACAAGAACUCGAUGGUAGUCUUAUCACCACCAAGGAGAGGAUGGUAUACGCGAACGAUGAAACUAAGUCGAUCACUUGGAGCUUUUUGGAAGGACCUGUGACAAAUAUUCAUCCAACCUUUCAGAUAAAACUCCUCUCUGUAACUCCGACCCGUGAGGGAGUCUGUAUGGCGAAAUGGGCUGUGAAUUUCGAUAACAUAGGAGGAGAUUCCCCUAUUCCAUCUGCUUUUAUUGAUUCGAUACGUAUGGUUUCCGCUGAGUUGCCUUCUCGGCUACUUGCAGAGCGCUAAUUAAACAGCUCUUUAUGUCAAAUAAAAGCUAUGUAGACCUACUACAUUUGAUGAUUAAGCGAAAAAAAAAAACAAAAAAAAAAGAAUGUAGCCUGAGGCAGAACUAAAGAGAUUAUAUUUCGAAAUACAGAAGUUAGUUCAUCGAUUCCAUGUGAUCACAGCUAGUCUUUCAAUAACUAAGAU